AUGGAAUCCAACCCUACCACUUCGCAAAUGCAGUAUGUACCAAUUACUCUUGAAAAAGAAAUAUUUGGAUCUCAAUAUACAGACACGCUUAAUUCACUGGAUGAUGGUAAUAUCACCAAAGCUACUGGAUUGACAACCCUGCAAAUGCCUCCUGAAACAUGCUCUUUAUACAAUAAUUCUGUUCCAUUAUACAAAUCCAAUGGAGUCAACUUGGAACUGAUUGCAAAAUUAACCUUAUUUACUCAAUUACCUGAUCCAGAAAAUGAGAAGAUAGAGAAUUCCUUAACUCCACAAAUGGAUUUCCCUAAAAUAUAUGACAAAAUUCUUAAAGAUGAGAAGAAUCUUGAAAAAUAA